CCAUGUGGACUAAUGACACCAUGUGGGCUAAUGACACCAUGUGGGCUAAUGACACCAUGUGGGCUAAUGACACCAUGUGGGCUAAUGACACCUUGUGGGCUAAUGACACCAUGUGGGCUAAUGACACCAUGUGGGCUAUACACCAUGUGGACUAAUCACACCAUGUGGGUUAAUGAAGACGGGCAACGCCAUGCUGGGUGCAAUGAGGAAAAUUUUGCCAGGACAACGGCAUUAGUGUGCCCUUCUUCGAUUUCCAACUGUUGA